AUGUUAACUUCUUGGUGUUGUAGUAGUGGUGGUGGUGGUAUUUACAGUAGUCCGUCCGAAUAUUAUACGACAUUCUUGAUUUUGAGUAAUCUUUUGUUCCAGCAACGUUUCCAUUAUUUGGGUUCAACAAACCACCCGGUCACAUCCUUGCGCAUGAACAGUCCACGCUACUUAUCACCGCUUGUCGACGCACAAGCUUGCUCAAUUUCGAUGUCUCCAGUACGUGGCCAGUCUGUGGAAAGCCCCACUGGUUCUCUUUACGGAACUCCAGAGUGUCCACGUCCGAAUCACUUGCAAGGUGCAUCCAUGCUGGCAGAUCGAGGACUGCCAGCCUCCUCGUAUGCUUGUCAUGGACCACCAGGACUUCUCCAGCGUCCAUUGCAUUCAUUCACCGGUUCUAUGGGAAUUGAUUCAAGUGGUUAUCAUCCUCGACUAUCAUGUCACCCGAGCUUUUUCGCUCAUCACUAUCGAAUGCCGAGAUCCGGUAGUGCAGGAGCCGGAUUCGGUUGUGCACCUGAAUCGAGCAAUGUGGCUCAUGGGAACGGUAUGUCGAUGAACAAUAGCACAUCGACUACCGGUCUCCCACAUCCACGCUCCGUGCGUGAACGAAGCGUCGGCCCCGAAUUGAGUGGAUACCAUUCCAGCUGUGCGGUUGCGCUUCCCUGUUCUGGUCGAACCAAUGCAGCAGGUGUUGCGUUUCCGGGUUCCAACCAUGCUUUGAUCACAGAAAAUUCACAGUUGCUGGCUCGACGCGCAUCACCGGCUUCCUACUUGGUAGGAAUUCGUCCGAUGAGUAACUCAUUGAGUGCAAACGAUCUGGCGGGCUAUCGAAACCGAACACACAUGGAAAUGCGAUCGACAAAAUCCAGCUUUGACUUAGCUCCGGAACUUCCAAGCGAUCCCACUUUGGCCCUUGUGGAUGGCACUGAUUUCUACUCAAAAAUAGCGGCUUUUAUUGAAUUAGAUGCUAAUCUCCGAUUAGCAAUGCCCAGUGGCUGGUCCGAGCGUCGAUCGAGCUUCGGUCGCUCGUACUACGCAUGUGAUGCGACUCGUCAGGCCAGCUGGCACCAUCCAACUCUCGGUGCUCAUGUACCCCUCGGUUGGGAACGCGUCGAUUCGUGCCAGAAUGGUAUCUAUUACCAGAGUCUUCUGAUUCCGCAUUGUCAGCGACACCAUCCAAACCUUUGGCUUCCAGCUCCAUUAAAGGACCCAAAUGUUGAAAGGGAAAGCUUCUUCUCAGAUCUCCGCAAUUUGCAAUCCUCGCUGAAAUAUAACGUUUCAGAAUUCAUCGAAGUGGAAAACUACAAAAACACCACCCUGGAGUCUGAAGAAAAGUUCUUUGUGGACUUUUUCCGACAGUUAGAUGUGGAAACAAUGAUCGAGGUGACGCGCGCAUUGGACCAUCUCUUCUAUCGCGAGUUGCAUGCGCUUGUAGUUGCAUACGAACAGGAGCGAUUGCGCAUUGUCUCCUCCAUGUUUGCUCUCCAUCCGACGCAACAUCCGAACCAGCCUCACGAGGAGACCAGUUAG